CAGCCCAGUGGCUCCGCCCCCAAAGACCAGUUGGGAAGAACUCCAACUGGAGGGAAUUAAUUUGUGGAAGCCCACUGCCGCAAGAUUGAUGGAGGCCCCCUGCCAGGAAACAGUGCAAGUAAACGGACAUGCAGACGACUGGAAGCCGGUGUGCCCGAGCGUGGCUACCUCCAAGUGGGCGCAUUGCGCAGCCCUCCGGACCCCGUGGACGCUCCCGCGCCCGCCCCCGCAGUGGGCCCCCCGAGCGGCGGCAGGAGCUGCGCCCAGCUUUGCCGGAGAUGUAUCGCUGGGGAGUCGGGCCAUCUGACACACACCCAGAAGCCUUGAAGACACUGCCCGCUGGGAAAGGGUACUUCCUGUGCUUAGAGCGCUUGGCGACGGCGAGGGCUGCCCUCUGACCCCUGCCCUCUGACCCUGCCUCACCCCGGAGCCUCUGGGUGGCUGUGC